AUAGGAAUUGACGUCUGGAUCUAUUCGCGGCCCGCUGGCCGGCGAGUCGCAAUCGGUUCGUGCUCGAGGGGGCCAAUCGGGCCGAGAGGGCAGCCCCGCGCGUGGACCGCUCACAGACACGCGCGGCGCGCGCGUCAAGGAACCACGGGCGUAACAGAGGCCCCCUUGUCUUCGCGCGUUAUGCUCUUUUACAGCCGGCGAUGCUUCGCCGCGUCGUCGCCAGUAACGUCCACGUCCGCACGCUCGAGCGGCCCGCGCGAUUCUCUCCGGUUUCCCUCGCGGUUGCGAAAGCAAUGGCCGACCCUUAGGGCGAGCAGCCCUCAUCUCGCGCACAAGCAGUCGUCCUCUGCUUCCCUCCUCUCGGCCGAACGACGGCAAGAGGAUGCGUUCCCUCGUCGCGGUCCCGCUCGCCUCCGAUCUGUAAAUAGAUCCGCGAUAAUAGAGCGAAAGCUCGUCUUCGAAGAGAUAUCGCUGGAUAUCACUGGUGAUCGUUAAGCGUAACAAUGGGAUUCUCCAGAGUUUUACCGCUGAUAAUCGGGGUGCUCUCUUUAUCUUGGGAUAUCACCGGACGCCCCGACGACGUCGACGGAGGCUCGAGCGAUAGCCUGGAGAUCGGUAUGAGCGAUAGCAAUGUCUCGUCGACCCUCCCGGGCCAGCAUUUCAACCAGACGACGAACGGGGAUCAGCGUUACUGGUACGAGCACCUGGACGACGCCGACAGGAUGCUGAAGGGCAAGACGGACAUCCUGUCCCGCCUUUUGAAGAUGCACAUAGACCAGCUACGAAAUAAGACCGAGCAGGUGGAAAUGGUGUUCCUGGUGGACGCGUCCGGCUCGGUCGGCGCGGACAACUUCCGCAGCGAGCUCAACUUCGUGACGAAGCUGCUGUCGGACUUUACGGUGGACGCGACGGCCGCGCGGAUCGCUCUGGUGACCUUCGGCGGUCGGGGCUGCGUGUACCGCAACGUCGAUCAGAUCUCCAGGCGCGGACCCAACGACCACAAGUGUUACCUGCUGAACAAACAGUUGAGCAACAUCACCUACAGCGGCGGGGGAACUUACACGCGCGGCGCGCUUCUCGAGGCGCUGGCAAUCCUCGAGAAGGGUCGCAGAACGGCGAGCAAGGUGGUGUUCCUGAUAACCGACGGCUUCAGCAACGGCGGGGACCCGCGGCCCGCGGCCGAUCUGCUCAAGAACACGGGCGCGACCGUGUUCACGUUCGGUAUACGCACGGGGAACGUGGAGGAGCUGCACGACAUCGCCAGCCAUCCCGGAUACACGCACAGCUACCUACUGGACAGCUUCGCGGAGUUCGAGGCUCUGGCGAGACGCGCCCUGCACCGCGACUUGAAGACCGGGCAGUACGUGGCCGUGACUCUGCCAACCGACUGCAACGGCCUUUGCUCGGAGAGCGCGGCGAACCGAACCUGCUGCGACCAAUUGGCGACCUGCACCUGCGGUACCGCGACCGGUCAUUACGCCUGCAUCUGCCCGCCCGGCUACUUCGGUUCCGGCCUCAGAGGCUCCUGCCAACCUUGCCCGAACGGAACGUAUGCCUCGGGGAACGCCUCCGGAGACUCCACCGCCGCGUGCGUACCCUGCCCGGAUGCGAAUCACGUCGUCGUCAAGGUGCCCGCGAUCUCGGUGGUCGACUGCGUCUGCGCCUCCGGGUUCUCCACUGACGGUUACAAGUGCGAGGCUAUAACGUGCCCGAAGUUGAGAAUCCCGGGAAACGGGUAUCUGGUGAAGGCGAGCGCCUGCAGCAACGUGGUGCACGCGGCGUGCGGCAUAAGAUGCAGGAUCGGUUUCCAUCUCACGGGCGACAGCAUCCGGCUUUGCGGCAAGGACGGCAAUUGGUCCGGCAACGAGCCGCAGUGCUUGCUGAAGACGUGUCCGGCUUUACGCGCGCCCACGCACGGUCGCGUCAAGUGCGAGCACGACGAGGACUAUCAGCACCAGUUCAAGGAGAACUCCAGCGUGUACCCUAUCGACACGCGCUGCCAGUUCCGGUGCGACGUCGGCUAUCAGCUUCGCGGCAGCAAAGUGCGUAACUGUCUACCAUUGUCCCGUUGGGACGGCCUGAAGGUCACGUGCAAAGCUGUGAAAUGCGAACCCUUGCCGCUAAUCGCGAACGGCGACAUCACCCCGGAGAUCUGCACCGGCCCGGCGAAGGUGCCCUUCGCCACCAACUGCACGAUCGCCUGCGACGAGGGCUUCAGCCUGGAAGGACCGAUCGGCAGAUCGUGCACCGGACGCACGGGGAUUUGGUCCCGGCGUCACAGCGUCAAUCGUUGCGUGGACAAGACACCGCCCUCCAUGGAGUGUCCGGCUGAGAUCGUGGAGGAGACUGCGAAGGGACAGAACUACGCGUACGUCAACUGGACGGUGCCCGUGGCGAGCGACAACGCGGACGCGUCGCCCAUCCUGUGGACGAAACCGCACGUUGUCCUACCCUGGAGGGCGAAGAUCGGCACGCGCGUUGUUGUGUACGUGGCGCAGGACGCGAGCGGCAACAAGGCCAGAUGCAAGUUCAAAGUUAAAGUCCUCGACAGAGAGCCACCGACAAUCGAGAAUUGCGUCGACCCACCGACGUUCUAUACCGAUCUCGGCCUCGCGAACGUCACGUGGGACGAGCCGGUGUUCUACGACAAUUCGAGGAUUUCCGUGCACGUCAACCAGAGCCACCAACCUGGAACGGUCCUCUUUUCGCUCGGUCGUACGAAGGUCUUUUAUAACGCGACCGACAAGUACGGCAAUCGGGCAAGUUGCGUGUUGAACAUUACUGUAGAAGAUGCGUGCGAAAGUCUGAAGACACCCGCGAACGGUCGGUUAAACUGUUCUUCAUCGGGAGACCGUGACAGGCAAUGCAUCGUAGCCUGCGAGGACGGCUAUGACUUUGCGAUCGAGCCAACGAACCUCAAUAUCGUUAACGACGAGCUGCUGCUGAAGUGUAACUCGAGCAGUCGCACGUGGGAAGGUAAUCAUCUGCUGGAAUGUUCAGAAACGCAAACGCCGGAGACGAUCUCGCAGGAGGGGAACGUGAUAUUGCAAGGCAACGGGAGCGCGAUUUGCGACAAUCAAACUGUUCUUCGCGAAUUGAGCGAUCGCGUUGCUAACGACUUGAAAUCGAAACUGCUGGGAAUAUGCGGCAAUGACAUCGAGUGCAAUCUGAUCAGCUUCGAUCCUAAGUGCGAGGACGCUCUUGCGUCGUCGAAGUAUUUCGAGGACAACCUAAUAAGAAGACGAAGAUUCGACCCUGGGUACGGACGAGUUCGAUCCACCGAUAUCUCCAGAGAUACCGAAACGAUAAUGCUCGAAAGAUUGAAACGCGUCGCUAGAUCGAGUCCCGAUCCGAGUAAAAAUAAUACCAGAUCUAAGCGGAAAAAAGAUAGAAUAGAGAUCAAGUUCAAGUUUAUAGGUAGAAUAAUCGAGGAGAACUUUGACAAUCCCAAACGGGGCGUGCAGAAGCUGAGGGAGAAGAUCGACGCGAUGGCACAGGUGGGCAAGCUGGACUUGUUCGAUAAUAGAACCAACCAGGAGAUCGCGAGGCUCGCUCUGAAUCUGCAUCUCGUGUUCAAGGAGCCGCAGGACCUCUGCGAUCCCGGAAGCGUGCUGAAGAGACACAGUUGCGUUAAAUGUCCCGCGGGCACUUUCUACAAUUCCUCUACCAGGACCUGCCAGCCGUGUCCGUACGGACAGUACCAGAACGCGGCCGCUUCGUUGACGUGCGUGCCUUGUCCGGAAUACACCUUCACCAAGAGGAUGCACGCGAAAUCAUUGAAAGACUGCAUUCCCGUGUGCCGACCAGGAUAUUACUCUCGGCGCAAACGCUACCACGGAUUGCGUCUGGGCACGGAGCCUUGCUUCACGUGCGACAUCGGCUUCUAUCAGCCAAACUACGGACAGAGUCAGUGCUUGCCGUGUCCGCCGAGCACGACGACGGAAACGCGCGGCUCCGCGGACGUCAAUGACUGCCUGCCGAUCCGCAACGAGGAAAUCGACGACUGUCGAACGGAUCCGUGUUUAAACGGUGGUCGGUGCCUACGAGAUGAAAACGGCUUCGUUUGCGAGUGUCGCGAAUAUUACGUGGGCUCGAAAUGCGAGAGGUUCAAGGAUCCGUGCGGCUCCUCGCCGUGCUUGAACGAGGGAGUGUGCAGGGCGCAGCGGUAUCCCGACGACUCCGUGACGUACGAGUGCGCGUGUAAAAGCAGCUACAUGGGUGCUAAUUGCGAGAUCUACGUGGACGAGUGCUCCACAUCCCCUUGCCAGAACGGUGGGAGAUGCGUGAGCACCGAGAACGACUUCGCCUGCGAGUGCAGAGAUGGAUUCGAAGGUCAAUUCUGCGAGGUUCCGGUGGACCAUUGCGAGUUGACGCCCUGCGAGGAGGGAUCCGCGUGCCGUACCGUCAACGAUACCUGGCAAUGCCUCUGCAAACCCGGUUUCCUGGGCCGGCACUGCAACCUGCUACCCUGCGACUGGCUGCCGUGCCACGCGAACGCGAUUUGCGUCAACCUCGCGGAGGGGAACGCGACGCGGCGGAGUUACAGGUGCGAAUGCCCCGACGGAUACACGGGGGAGGACUGCGCGACCAAGAUCGAUCGCUGCGAGAGCUCGCCUUGCCUCAACGACGGACGCUGCAUCAGCCGCGUGCGCGAUUACAUCUGCGAAUGCCCGGUUCCUUUCACGGGACGCGACUGCGAAACCGAACUGUCGUCCGACUAUGUGAUGCACUUCGCCAAGUCCGGCACGACGGAUUACGUGGCCAUCAAGGGACCCGCGAGGGAUCUCCUUCAGCUGUCCGUUUGCCUGUGGUUGCAAUCGAUGGACACUUUCAAUUACGGCACGGUAUUAUCGUACGCCACGACGUUUCACGACAACGCCUUCACGCUGACGGAUUACAACGGAUUGGUCUUGUACGUCAAUGGGGAGAAGGUCGUCACCGACGUUAAGAUCAACGACGGCAACUGGCACUUCCUGUGCGUCGCUUGGGAGAGUGAGCGCGGUUCCUGGCGCGUGUAUGUCGAUGGAAUCCUCAGAGACAGCGGCGUCGGCUUGGCCCAGGGAUCCAUCGUGCAAGCCAACGGAUCCCUCGUCAUCGGGCAGGAACAGGAUCGCCUGGGCGGCGGUUUCUCCGAAUCGGAGGCGUUCUUAGGGCGGCUCGGCUUGCUAGACAUGUGGGACGUCUUUCUGAACGAGAACGACGCGGCGAGACUGUGGAACACCUGCGAGAAGUAUCACGGGAAUCUCGUAGCCUGGGCGUUGAUACCGCAGUACAUUCACGGCGACGUUGCGAUCUUAGCCAGUCCAUUUUGUCGCGGCUGCCCCGUGCCCGCGGUGCCCUUCAAAGGUAACAUUAAACUGAGCGAGGAUCUGUCCGAGGUGACGUACUACUGCGACAACGGAUACCUGGUGCGGUUCGGUGGCGAGGAACUUCGGUCCCUCGAAAGGAAGUGCCUCAAGCACGGCCAGUGGGAGGGACACGACACGCCGAUCUGCACGAAAAUCAAGUGCGGCUUCCCGGGCUACUUCCCGCGUGGCCGUAUUCACGGAGACUCGUACUCGUUCGAGGACGAGAUACACUAUUCCUGCGCCGAGGGCUACGAGCUGCGCGGAAAUCCCCAUCGCAUCUGCAACUCCGACGGCAAGUGGAUCGGGCUGCCUCCGAUCUGCAUAGGGACGACGUGCAAGAAUCUGCUUGCUCCGGAGAAUGGAGAUAUAGAGUACAUAUUGGAGGAGAACGAGAGGGACGAUGUGACGAUAUUACAGGCCGGGCAGCAGCUGGAGUUCAAGUGCAAUCCCGGGUACCGUUUAAUAGGAGAGAGAUACUUGACCUGUCUGGAGACCGGCGUCUGGGAUCACAAGAGGCCGUCUUGCGCGCUCUACGGAUGCCCUUCGCCAGGACAAAUCGAGCACGGCUACACCGUCCCUUCGAAUUCCGGCCGGACUUCCGUUCACGAUCCGGGAAAUAUGAUCUCUCGGGACCACGGCGACCUCUCCGAAAGAACGUAUCGCUACGGCGACAUCGUCGGAUUCUCCUGCCAUCGCGGCUACAAAUUUCGCGGGAGUCAAAAUCUGACCGAAUUGGCGGAAUUCAGGCUACAGUGUUCCGCGAACGGUACCUGGACGGGCUUCAUUCCCGACUGCAUCUCGCGCACGUGUCCCUGGCCCGGUCGCGUGACAGGCGCGAGGCUCUUCCUCAGAAAACGGGACAAUGUUACGAUCGAAAUUCCGAUGGAAGGUACCGCGUCGGUAGCCGAUCGAAAAGAAAUGAGAAGAAGCGAGAGCGACGCGAACUGGAUCUCCCUGGAAACGUUCGUUUCCGGCGCGGAGAUCACCGUCGUCUGCGAUCCUGGAUACGAACUGGUCGGAGACCGGGUCAGAAUUUGUACCGAGGAAGAGAGGUGGUCCUCGACCUUUGCGUCUUGCGAGCCGCGUAAUUGUCCCGUCGCGGAGCAUCCGAUUUUUAAAUUUUUCAAGAGAUCAGGGAACGAAGCCGUCUUGGAGUACAGCGGAGGCAACGUUACGCGCGCGUACGAAGACUUCGAGAUCUUCGUCGAGGGAGACAGUUAUGAGCGACGAAUAGUCUUAACGUGCCGAAACGGCGCGCAGAUGAAUCUGCACAGGUUGACCGUCAACGAGACUAUUUCAAAUGUAACAUGGACGUGCAAUGAGAUUGCAAAAUGGGACGUUUUAAAUUUAUCACUGACUGAGCCUGCACUUGAACAGCUGCUGAGCGAUUCGACAGAUGUUUGCGAUAGAUCGUGUGCGCCUCCGCAAAUACCGGAAUACGGAUACAUCGAUGAUGGCAACAACACUGGUGACGUAAACGAUCGCAGAGCCAUCAACAGUGUCGUGACUUUCAAAUGCCGUCACGGAUACAUCCUCGAGGGUGACGAGCGAUCUAUUUGUUUAUCGAACACCAGGUGGUCCGCUAUACCUUCCUGCAAACCUGUGACGUGCGAAAAACCGCCGGUUCUCGCUAACGCGGUGCUGAGGAACGACGUCAGCGGAACUCGCAAUUACACUUUCGGCAAUAUGAUCUCUUAUCAGUGCGUUCCGGGCUAUCGUGUAUUCGGGCAAGCGAGUCCGAGGUGUCUGGGAAGCGGGCAGUGGUCCAGAUUGAAUGGCAGAUGUUCGAAAAUAUCGUGCGGCAAACCGCAGAUCCAGCAGGGGGUCGCGCUCUACGGCCGUUCGUACUUGUUUCAAGAUCAAUUGACAUACGUGUGCCCCGACAAUAAAAAGCGAGGAAUGAUUGCGUGCCAAGCCGAUGGGAAGUGGAGCGAGUUGCCCAAGUGUGACGGAAGCAGGGGCAUGUAGUUCGGAGUGGCUACACGAGGGAUUUUAUGCAACGCCUCGUAAAGAGGGGGAAACGACACCUCCGCCUUUUGUAACAACACACAUGUUUUUCCUUUUUAUUUCUUUCUGACCUCUCGUAUCAAGACUCACGGAUGUAAUAUAGAAAACGUAAUUACGCAGUCUUAUCACGAAAUAAAUAAUUCAGUUUGGAA